AUGUACCUGGCCCGGACUAUGGCGCCGCGUCCGCAGGUGGUGGAGGCCUUUAGAGAUUGGGAUAGCUGUCUGGAAGAUUGCUUCAAGCAGCUUUUCCCACCUUGCACUUGGGAGCAGGACCCCGUCCGAUCAGGGCGAGCACGCAUGCAGCUGCAUCUCCCUGUGCGACCCGGGGGGUUUGGGAUCCGGAUGGCGGCCUCUUUGAGCCCGCUCUCCUAUGUUUGUGGCUGGGCGCAGGCAGCGCGGGAUGUUGCACAGUUGGGGGUGGCGGGCGAGGAGGUGAUGUUUGCAGAGUACCUCACCACAUCGGCGGGGGUGAAGUUUCUUGACCCGUGGUUUGCCAAGGCUGUUGAGCAGCUGCCUGCGACUAUACGCCAGGAGAUGCCGGACUUACCUCUGUGUGUAGCGACCCCUCCCCUUCGGCUUUCCCAGGCGCGGCAGCGACAGUUGGCUGUUGAGGAGCUCCAUGCACUGCGCCGCUCGGCUCGUGCCGAUUCCACCCUGGCCCGAUUCACAUCCCUUCAGGGCCCGGGGGCUGGUGCAUGGGUUUCGGCGGUUCCGGCUCACUCAUAUCUCACAUUAACUGCGGCUGAGUGGGGCAUUGCUACUGCAAUAUGGUUCGGGCUCCCAAUUCAGCAACUGAAGGUGGCGGGGAGGUGUGUGUGUGGCACAGCGUAUGUUGACCCAACAGACCCGCAUCAUGCCCUGAGAUGCAAGCACCAGCACGGUCCAUCUCGGGUGCAUGAUGAGGUGAAGUUUGCGAUGGCGAGGAUUUCUGAGGCGUCAGAGGGGGUGGUGAUGACGGAGGAUAGUGCGGUGCUGCCGGGGAAGCGAGUUGACGUAGCGGUGCGACGACCGAUGGCCGGGGAGGCUGACGCUCUGGAGAUCAGCGUCGCAGACCUUGUAUCGCUGUCUCCAUCCUUGCUAGGACAGUGCGGGCGUUCCAUAGUAGAGAUGUGGGGGUGUCUCGACGGACGCUUCCGGCGGUGGCUUCGACAGCAGGGGGAUGCGCACAUGGGGCUAGCUGUGUCACGGGGGGGCGUGUCGGAGGAUGACACUUCGUUUUCGACUUACCUUUUGGGGUCUCUGAAGGCGCUCAUCGGGGUGGCGUUGCAACAGGCGCAAGCUCGUGUGAUCCUGCUUCGGGCGGCGUCUUCCAUGGGGGGGAUGAAUGUGGAUUUGGUGGACCGGGAAAAGGACGAUCGAGGUGGAGGGCGGGGCUCUUAG